AUUCUUUGUUUUCAUCCAUUCGAUUCAGAUAAAAUGGGAAAAUUUGAAGAAUCGUUUGUUGAAAAAGCAAAAAAAUUUGGAAUGAAUUUUGAAAAAUGUUUCGAAACACAAUUUGUUGAUAUCCGAAAUGAUUCAGAAAUUGCAACAGUAUUUCAAAAUUUGAAAAUUCGUGAUAUUCAUUUUGUUUUCAUUGGACUUUCUGCACAUUCUAGAAACGAUUAUUUUUUUGAAAAGAUCAAAUCUCAUGCAACUAAUAACCAUGGGCUAGUCACUCAAAUAUUCAUGAUUGAAAAACUUGAUUGGAAUAUAGAAAUGCCCGAAUUUUAUAGCAGCUUAGCAAUUAAAUCUUGUUUGAAACUAGGUGGUCAACCAAAUAUAAUCGAUCCUAAUUAUUGGAUGAUUUUCCCUUUUGAGCCACAAUCUACUAUGAUAGUCGGAACUUCUUUCAAACGAUUUAACCUAGAUAAUAUUCGAGAAAAUAUUUUUUCGCAUUCAAUUGUAGCAUCGAUGGAUUCGGAUUUCUGUCAAAACAUUUGCAUCCAACGUUUUUCAACAAAACCAAAUGAUGAACAACUCUUUGAAGAAAUGUUUCACAAUUCAUUGAUGGAAUAUCAUAAAGAACAUGGCAAAUAUCCCAAGAAUAUUAUCAUAUUUCAUGGAAAAAGAUAUACCGAUUUGAAAUCUGCUGCUAAAUCAAUCGAUGAACAAAUAAAGGUGACAAGCUUUUCGAUCGAUAAAUCUUCACCUAUUCGUUUCAUUAAGAAUGAUGACGUAAAAGUUCCAAUCGGUACUAGUGUUGAUCUUAAAUUUCAACAGCCUAUUUCAAAUCGUUCGUCAAAAGAGUUUGCCAUUUGUAGUGAGAUCGGUGGUGAUGGUAAUCGAUGCAAAACAACAAAAUAUACAGUCAUCAAUGAUGAUUCGGGAAUGUCCGAUAUUCAAAUCAAACAUCUUUGUUAUGCAAUGUGUCAUUAUUAUUUUGAUAAUUUCUAUAUCAAUGAUAUACCAUUUUCACUUGAAUCGGCUCAAUAUUUUGCAAAUUCAGCAACUACAAGAUGCCUUGGUCGAAAUGAAAUCAAUCCAAUAUAUUCGAUCAAAGAAAUUAUUGAAAAAUUUUCCCGUAAAGUUCGUAUUCAUGGUUAUCUUGAAUAUCCUGUUGAUGAUGAAUAAUAUAAAUUCUAUAUGUAAAUCAUGAAUGGUUAUGGAUGGAAAUCAAAACAUCCUAAACAGACAACAAC